CGCACUACCAUCUACCGCGCCGACUCCUCCCGUAUUCCAUCGCCUAAACCGAACUUUCAGCUAAGCCUAACACACGCGCGCUAUCCUUCCGUGCGCGUCGUCGUGCACGACUGCGCGCCGGGCUAAGCCUAACUGCCUUCCCUCCGCGCCGUGUUUUAUGAACAUGCCUUCGUCGGCCGAAGGUGCAACGGCAAUAAGUAGCACGACUACGCCCGUAACUGCGGCCAGCCUCGGUCCACCUCUCUGCUCACCGGACGAGAGCGUACUCGAAAGCCUCGUCGCGGUGUUGGUGGCGGCGAUCAUCUUCCUCGCGGCGUUGAUCCUCGCCGUGCUCCUGUUCGCCUGCUCGUCGCAGCAAACGAGGCGCGAACCGCACUGCAGCCACGACCACCGCCACCACCACUGCAGCAAGAGACGUCGCCGUCGAAGUCUUCAGGAGGUCCGCUCGCGGGCCUGCUGCGGCGGCGACGAGGACGUCGAGCUCUUCUGCGAUCGUCGCGAGACGACGGCCGUCGGCGGGGCGCCUCGGCGCUUCGAUUACGGCAGCAGCGCCGGUCGGUCCUCUUCGCCCGACGUCUUGGCGACGAAGAAGUCGCCGUACCACCCGGGGUACAACAGUCCGGCGACGACGUCGAGAGCGCCGCCGCCGUCCAGGCGCCGCGAAGGAUUCCGCAAGUCCAGCUACGCGAGUCCUGGCGGUGCACGCUCGGACCUGGCUCCAGCAUUGCACUCAACAGCGUUGCAAUCCGGCGUUUCACGUAAGCUGACUCGAGAGCACCGGGCGCCGGCCGCGGUGGUCGGAACGGGGAAGCCCCCUAGCGGCGACACGAGCGACUCUUCGCGGCGCAGCGCCGAGACUGGCUCCGACACGCGCUCCCUCGAGUGGGACAACUUCCAGCCACCUCUGGCCACGACGUCAUGGCCGUCCUUCAGUGAACUGUGCACCGACGAGUCGUUUAGCAUCGCAGCCACCGAUGGCUCACAGCAGCAGCAGCGACGGCCAUUGUCAACACAAAGAGAACAUUGGGUGUGACGUCAGCACUGCAAAGCGGCUGGACGUUACGCUGCACUGACCAUUCAUAGAUCUUCACUCGUAUCAAUCUAAUCCUCCCUCACCCACACGCCUGAGUUCACGAUCAUGAGUAUAAGAUCGACCAACCAGUUUCUAAAUGUGUCCAAUAAAACGAGUGUCCUUAUCAAAAGUGAUUAGUCU